AUGAUGCAAGCAAAUAGCACUGAAGUGACUGAAUUCUUUCUUCUGGGAUUCAGUGGCCAACACAAGUUGCAGUAUGUCCUCUUUAUUGUAUUUCUAGUGAUCUAUGUGAUCUCCAUGGUGGGUAAUACUGGAAUGAUCCUACUCAUCAGGACAAAUUCCAGAUUUCACACACCUAUGUACUUUUUCCUACAACAUUUGGCUUUCGUUGACGUCUGUUAUACCUCUGCUAUCACUCCCAAGAUGUUGCAAAACUUCACAGUAGAAAAUAAAUCAAUAUCAUUUGGGGGCUGUGUCAUACAAUUAUUGGUUUAUGCAACAUUUGCGACCAGUGACUGUUACCUCCUGGCUGCUAUGGCAGUAGACCGGUAUGUAGCCAUCUGUAACCCACUUCGCUAUCCCAUAGUGAUGUCUCGAAGAGCCUGCAUGCAAUUAGUAGUUGGUUCGUAUGUCAUGGGCUCAAUAAAUGCUUCUGUACACACAGGUUUUAUAUUUUCACUAAACUUCUGCAAGUCCAAUACCAUCAAUCACUUUUUCUGUGAUAUUCCCCCAGUUAUCACCCUUUCAUGUUCCAACAUUGACAUCAACGUCAUGCUAAUUGUUGUAUUUGUGGGAUUUAACUUGAUGUUCACUGUGUUGGUUGUCAUCUUUUCCUACAUGUAUAUUCUGGCUGCCAUCCUAAAGAUGUCUUCUACUGCUGGGAGGAAAAAAGCCUUAUCCAAGUGUGCCUCCCACCUGACAACAGUCACCAUUUUCUAUGGAACCCUAUCAUACAUGUACUUACAGCCUUAUUCUAAUUAUUUCCAGCAGAAUAUGAAAGUGGCCUCCAUAUUUUAUGGCAUUGUGAUUCCCAUGCUGAACCCCCUAAUCUAUAGUUUGAGAAACAAGGAAGUAAAAGAAGCUCUAAAAGUGAGGGGAAAAAUUUCUUUUAGAUUGCACUGA